AUGCAUUUCUUUGGUGCAAGGCAGUUACUCUGCUCAUUGUCACUCUCUACUCUUGUAUUCGGUUUCCCGGAUUUAGGAAGCCACGGCGACCAAGUCCAUAGAAGCCUGCACAAGCGCUGUCCUUUUUCCGGUGAUGAGCCUCAGCCCAAGGUGCAGCAUGACAAGCGAUUCCUUUUCUCGACUAUGGACUCGCCUGUGGACAUCACUGGAGAGCAUGCAUUCCACCCUCCCGAUUUUGAAAACGGUGACCAGCGCGGUCCCUGUCCUGGACUUAAUGCUCUGGCAAAUCACGGGUACAUCCCACGGAAGGGUGUAGUAUCGUUUGGAAAUGUCAUCACUGCGAUCAAUGAAGUCUAUGGCAUGGGUGUUGACUUAGCAACUGUCCUUGCAAUCAUGGGCACUGUCUGGACUGGUGACGCAAUCUCCCUGGACCCCAGCUUCUCCAUUGGAGGUGUCGAUCCCGGUGUCAACAAUUUACUUGAUAACCUUGGAGGUAUCUUGGGCACACCUCUCGGUCUCGAUGGCUCCCACAACUUCAUCGAAGCGGAUUCCUCCAAUACUCGUGACGACCUUUACGUCACCGGAAACAACCACAAGCUGAACAUGGACAAGUUCAUGUCUUGGUACGACAUGGCAAGCAACGGCACCUUCGAUAUGGAUCUCAUGGCCAAGCGUGCAGCGAUCCGGUUUGACGAGAGCGUCCAAACCAACCCCAACUUCUACUAUGGGCCUGUCACCGGCCUUAUUGCUCGUAAUGCGGGUUAUAUAUUCUCUGCGCGGAUGUUCCGAAACCAUUCUCGCGAGAAUCCCGAGGGUGUUUUGACCAAAAGCCAUAUCCGCAACUUCUACGGCAUCUACGGUGAAGAAGGCAAUCUGACAUACCGUGAAGGAUGGGAGAGGAUCCCUGAAAACUGGUACAAGACUCCUGUUGACUAUGGCCUUAUCCAACUCAAUCUGGAUACUAUUGACUGGAUCUUGAAAUACCCCCAACUCGGAAGCAUUGGAGGAAACACUGGCACCGUUAACAGCUUCACUGGUAUUGACCCAGCUGACCUAACGGGUGGUGUUCUCAAUCUGACAACACUCUUGGAGGGUAACAACUUGCUGUGCUUCGUAUUUGAAGUGCUCAAAUUUGGUAGUCCCAAUGCGCUUGAUGGUUUAUAUAAGACCAUUGCCGAGCCGCUGGAGUGGGUGACUAAUCUACUUGCUGUUCCCUUGCUUAACCUUACUUGCCCGGCAUUUGAGGACCUUCAGAUUGGUGGCAAGCCUUUCUGGGAGGCGCUUCAAAAUGAUUUCCCCGGUGCUCUGAAGAGUGGCAGUGCUUUUUAG